AUGCGCUUGGAUGACCUGCCGGAGUCGGCGCUGCUCAACGUCUUGAGCUUCCUGCACGUAGACGUUGCUACCCAAUUGCUGUCAAAUAAGAGACGCGUGGUUUAUCGUCGGGGCAUCCACGACCUCGCAGCUGUAUCCACGUCCUGGGCGUCUGCACUUCAAGCGGUCGAAGGUCAUUUCCGCGAUUCGAUCCUGGUGUUCGACUUCCAGCAAGAUCCUGACAUCAACAAUGAACAAGACGAAUGCAAAGACACCACGACCGACGAAGCACUUAAGUCUACGGCUGCAGCCAAUGACGCGGCCCCUGGGGGCAUUUUCCAGUUCGUGCGAGAACUUUUGUCCGCUUUCACGUGUGCGUCGAAUUCCGCAACGAAUCGACUUUCUCGACGCCCAUCGGAGGAGGGAGAAGAAUCGCACGAGUUGAUGCUACAAAACAGGAAGAAAUUACAGGUGCAACGUAAAGCAAAACACGUUGACAACGAAUUGAAAAGGCUGCUGCAAGAGGUGACGGCUGGGAGGCACCCACGACGACGAGUAGAGCUUUGGCUGAACGACCCACACGAUGUGACUGUCUAUGACGUCGACGACAUAUGUGGCGAAGACGUACUGCAGUAUUGGAGGAAUGUCUUCUCGAAUUGCAAGUACCUUGUUCGCUUGGAUUUAUCUGGCGUUCCUCUGGAAUCCGACCAUCUCCCAGGCAUCAUGAGCGCUGUUGGCGAGCACUGUGUCAAUCUGGAAGAGCUGAUACUUCGUCACGAUCACGGCUGGGCAAGCGAGGUGGCUUGA